UAGGUGCGUGGAGCACAGGCGCUUUCUUCGUGGCAGGUAAAAUGGAGGAUGAUCGAUGAGCUGUGGCGCUGUGAGAAAGGCGACACCUCCAUCUUAGCGUUUCGCCUGCUCCCUGACAUCACUCCGGCAACUCCCUCACUCGAAGGAUCACUCGAAGGUCGAAUCAACUCCUACAAGAUCUCUCUCUCUCUCUCUCUCUCUGUAUAUACGGAUUGUUGUCGGCGGCGGAGGUGAUUCGCGAUGUCGGAAGCGAAGGUGUUCGAUGCGACGGCGGCGACGGAGUUGGUGAAGGAGCUGAGAGGCACUUUUGCCUCCGGCAGGACGCGGAGCUAUGAGUGGAGAGUAUCGCAGCUUGAGAGCAUCUUGAAGCUUAGCGCUGACCAUGAGGAAGAGAUCAGCGAUGCGAUUCAUUCAGACCUCUCCAAGCCUGCGUUGGAAUCCAUCAUUCAUGAGAUAGGCAUGGUAAAGAAUUCGUGUAAAUUGGCUCUUAAAGAACUUAGGCGUUGGAUGACACCAGAGAAGGUUCAAACUACAAUUACCACUUUUCCUUCGUCUGCUGAAAUUGUACCAGAACCUUUGGGUGUUGUGCUGAACAUUUCUCCUUGGAAUUAUCCAUUCUUUCUAUCUCUUGAUCCAGUUGUUGGAGCAAUAGCAGCUGGUAAUGCUGUGGUUCUAAAGCCAUCAGAAAUUUCCCCAACAACAUCAUCUUUAAUAGCUAAACUUUUAGGGAAGUAUUUGGAUACUUCUGCCGUAAAGGUUGUCGAGGGUGCUGUUCCCGAAACUAAUGCUUUGCUUGAGCAAAAGUGGGACAAGAUAUUUUACACAGGCAAUGGGAGAGUGGGGCGUAUAGUGAUGGCAGCUGCUGCCAAGCACCUUACGCCAGUUGUUUUAGAGCUUGGAGGAAAAUCUCCAGUAGUAGUGGACUCAAAAAUCAAUUUACAAGUUGCGUGCCGGCGGAUUAUUGCUGGUAAGUGGGGUGGUAACAAUGGACAAGCAUGCGUUUCUCCUGAUUAUAUCAUAACUACGAAAGAAGUUGCUCCAAAAUUGGUGGAGUCCCUAAAACAAGAACUGGAGAGAUUUUAUGGAAAGAAUCCAUUGGAAUCUAAAGAUUUAUCUCGCAUUGUGAAUGCUAACCACUUUGAUCGCUUGACAAAGCUCUUGGAUGAUGAUAAAGUUUCUGGCAAGAUUGUGCUUGGAGGUGAAAAGGACAAAUCCAAAUUGCAGAUUGCUCCCACCCUCUUACUGGAUGUCCCUAGAGACUCUCUGAUUAUGACGGAGGAGAUAUUUGGUCCCUUACUUCCCAUUAUCACGGUAGACAAACUGGAGGACUGCUUUGACAUAGUGAAUUCGGGCACAAAGCCACUGGCAGCAUAUUUAUUUACCAGCAAUAAAAAGCUCAAGGAACAGUUCGUGGCUUGCAUCUCUGCAGGGGCUGUGGUUAUCAAUGACACCACAUUACAUCUGGCAGUUAGCACACUACCAUUUGGAGGAGUUGGGGAGAGUGGAAUGGGAGCUUACCAUGGGAAGUUCUCAUUUGAUGCAUUUAGCCAUAAGAAGGCUGUUCUAUAUCGAAGUUUUGCAGGCGAUGUGGCGAUGAGAUACCCGCCUUACACACCGGGAAAGCUAAGGUUUCUGAAAGCUCUUCUUGGAGGUGGCAUAUUGGGACUCAUUCGUGCUAUUCUUGGUUGGUCGUAAGCAUCUUCUUUCACCCUUUAUUUAUGUCUUCUUAACUUGUGCUGCCUGCCUUGUGUCUCUUCAUUUUCAAAUUUGUGCCAUAUUUGCAGAAUCAUUUGUGUUUGGGCUGUAAUUGUAUGAUAGGAUAAUUCGUAAGAGAAUUUGGAUGUAUA